UGUGAAUCCCAGGUACACAGAUGUGUCACCAAUGAUUAAUGGCCACUGGAAGCGAAUCUGCGGGCACUCGGAAUAUAACUUGGGCAGCGUGACUAUAAUAGACGACAUCGGGAGAGCGACUGCACACCUCUCUUGCGUGCCCGGUCUGAAUCUGUACAACAGUAUGGUCACUGGAAGAGUCUGGUUCAUUACUGGUGCUUCCAGUGGAUUCGGAGGCUCAUGACCGAGCUCGUCUUGAAGAACGGAGACAGCGCAGCCGCAACACUGAGAAAGCCAGAGGCCAUCGCAGACCUAUCGUCGCAAUACGGCCCCGACCGCCUCCUCGUAGCCAAGCUCGACGUCACGAACAACGAAGAGAUCAAAGCCGCCUUCAACAAGGCCGCAGCGCACUUCGGGCGUAUCGACGUCGUCUUCAACAAUGCCGGAUAUGCUCUGUUCGGAGAGGCGGAGGGUAUACCGGACGACCUCGCGCGCGAGGCCAUGGAGGUCGACUUCUGGGGCGCGGCGAACGUCAGCAGGGAGGCGGUCCGCGUGUUCCGUGAGGUAAACAAGCCCGCGGGUGGAUUCCUGCUGCAAGUGUCGUCCGCCUCGGGUCUCAUCGGCCUUCCAGGGCUGUCCUAUUACUGCGCGCCCAAGCAUGCGCUAGAAGGUUUCACCAAAGGUCUUGCUGCGGAGCUCAAUCCGGAAUGGAACAUCAAGGUUUGCAUCGUUGAGCCCGGAGGCUUCCGCACUCCCGCGCUUAGCAAGAUGGUCCACGCUCCGCCCCAUCCCGCCUACAUGACGCCUGCCUCCGCGACCUGGCGGGAACGCGAGCGGUCCAAGGGCGUCCAGUACACGCCCAACAUGGCGGAUCCCGCCACGGCCGUCGAAAUGAUGUACAAAAUCACAUCGCUGCCAGACCCGCCGAUCCAGCUUCCGCUGGGCAAGGACUGCCUGACGAUGGUGCGGGGUACGCUGGCGAAGCUGCAGCGGACCGUAGAUGCCUAUGCGUCAUGGUCGGACGAGCUGCAGCCGGAGGGUGAGUACCAGUGGGAGUCGAUGGCUAGUUGAUCGUAAUACUUCCCAUCGCCCGUCAC